AUGGACUUGUUCGCCGUUGCGGACGAGCUUGCGCGGUUGAGAGUGUCCGACACGGGCCAUGGGUUGCCUCGCCUCGUGCCUAUACCCAAGGCGGUGGACACUGGGACGGCUACGACGUUCCGUCCAACAGCGGUCGAGGUCGCGGCCGAUGUCCCAACCGCCGCCGCCAGCGCGAGCGCAAGCACGAACAACGCACCACCACUGCCGGCGUGGGACGAGAUUGACGCCAGCACAAACGCAUUCUCAGACCCCGUCCUGGACCCCAUCGAGCCCGAACCGGCCCCCUUUGAACCUCUUCAACCGUCGACCUCCCUCCCGUUGUUCACCUACCGCACCCCUCUCACUGGCCACUUCACAAAGCCUCCAACAGUCGUGUACACGACCAACCCGGCCGAAGCCGACGACCUCGUAGCCUGCUUGAACGGCGAUGUGCUCGGCCUGGAUCUCGAGUGGCCCCUGCCAGGUGCCGGGCCCGUCAAAGUGAUCACCAACAAGGACGGAUCCACGCGGUUAUGGCGUCAAGGAGAAUGGGACGUCGUGCAGCGCAAAUACGUUUGGAACGAGCGGCGGACCACAGUGAUUCAAGUCUGCGACGAAAAGAUGGUUGUCGUCCUCCAUCUCCUGCGAGGAGCUGAACCUGGUCCCGGUCUCGUCAGCCUCAUUGCCGACCCAACGCGGUACAAGACGGGAGUGGCAGUUCGAGGCGACGGACAAAAGCUCAUGCGCGAUUUCGCAGUGUUCAAAUCUACCCCGCCACAAGGACUGCUGGAUCUGAGUUACAUUGUCCGCGAGCUUGACACGGAAAAGUGGGGCGCAGGGCGACGGCUCGUUGCGCUCAGCAAGAUUGUGGCUGCAUAUCUCGACACAGAGCUCGAUAAAGGGUUGGUGAGGAGCUCAUUCGAAGGCGAGACUUGGGACCCGGAGCAGCUUGAGUAUGCUGCCAACGACGUGUUCGCUUCUCUGCUUGUGUACAACGAGCUCGCUCGCCGUGCUUCUCUCAAGGAGACGAAGAUUGACCGCAACAAGCACGCUGUCAGCCUGGCGCCUGUCCCGCUUCAACCCAGGCCACCAAAGGCCAAGGCCAGCACUGAGCCUACUGCCAAUAUCAAUGUCGCCAACGACGGCGGCGCUGUUGAGGUGCCUAUCGAUGACUUUCCCUUCCCGGCUCUAUCCCGCCACCCACGUUGGACGUUGCUCGACUCGUACUCGCGCGGACGGCAGUUCAAGCUCUUUGCCGCCGGAGGCGAGAUUGACCAGCUCGCCAAAGACUACAAUCUCAAACGCACCACAGUGGAGAGCUAUGUUGUGCAGACGGCUAUGGAGUUUGACGUUGGCGUCCUGCCGACCCCCAUCCGGAGGAGGAUUGUUGAUGAAGUGGAAGUGGACGGGUGGGCUGCGACGAAGAACGAGUUCUUCUUCCGCAAGCUGAGGGACAGUUUAGAAGACGUGAAGGAGGACGAAGUGGUCACCGCUGGGUCCCAGUCGCUCAACGCCUUUGAAGAGCUCUUUGUGCAAGAGUACGUCGAGCACCACCGGCUGGCUCCGCAGGACAUUCCACUCCCAGACACCCCGACGGACAGUGGCUCUGCCACGCCAACGUCCUCAGCGUCAUGGUGGGGAUACUUGUUUGAGAGCUUUCGGUCUCCCGUCGCGUCGCCUGCGCCAUCCUCGUCUUCUGCCAGCCUGUACUUCUCAGCCUCGACACCUCCAGCCUCUCCCAGCCGUGACAUGUCACGAGACAUCUAG